AUGGCAAAGGAUCGAAGUUCUAUAUUCAGUUUUCAAUAUUUCUGUUACGUUGUGGUAAUCCUUUCCAUAUGCUCUAUAAUCUUAUCUCUGUCUUGGAGCCACUGUUGCAGCCAGUGUCAUUCACCAUACCAAGCACUUGUACAAAAGCAAAACCUACCAAUCAACCUCCUUUCAUAUCCCUUUGCAUGGAACCAUCUUGUGUUCUCCUCAGAGCCACCUUCAAAGCUUCUUAAGAUUGCACUUUUUGUCAGGAAAUGGCCACACAAGUCUCGUGCAGGUGGGCUUGAACGCCACGCCCUCACACUCCAUCUUGGUCUUGCUAAAAGAGGCCAUGAUCUUCACGUAUUCACCACUUACACAGACUCUUCUUCGACCAACUAUUCCUUCAACAACUUACACUUUCACUUCUCCAAACCAUCACCUGCUGGUUACCUCGACCAAGCUUCGGUUUGGAAGCAGUUUCAAGCAGAAAACUCAUCUGGUAAACCAUUUGACGUUGUUCACACGGAGAGUGUUGGACUUAGGCACACAAGAUCUCGAUAUGUUAGUAAUUUGGCCGUCACUUGGCAUGGGAUUGCAUACGAGACAUUUCAUUCUGAUAUCAUUCAAGAACUCCUUAGAACACCCCAGGAACCUCAGACAAAGGCUUUGACUGAAAGACCUGUAAAGGUCGUUGAAGAGGUCAAGUUCUUCCCAAAUUAUGCUCAUCACGUUGCCACCAGUGAUCAUGCAGGUGAUAUCCUAAAGAGGGUCUAUAUGAUUCCGGAAGAAAGGGUCCAUAUUAUUCUAAAUGGCGUGGACGAACAGGUUUUCAGAUCAGAUGUUUCAAAGGGAAAUGAAUUCAAGAAGAGGUACGGAAUUCCGGGUACAAAGUCAUUAGUGAUAGGACUGGCUGGGAGGUUAGUCAAGGACAAGGGGCACCCUUUGAUGUUUGAAGCUUUGAAGCAGAUAAUUGCAGAAAACAGCAGUUUCCAAGAGAGUAGCAUGGUUGUGGUUGCAGGAGAUGGUCCUUGGGGUGCAAGAUACGGAGAUCUUGGGGCAAAUAUGUUGGUUCUGGGACCCUUGGAACAAGCUGAAUUGGCAUGUUUCUAUAAUGCUAUUGACAUUUUUGUAAACCCCACUUUAAGAGCACAAGGUUUGGAUCACACUUUGCUAGAAGCCAUGCUAAGUGGGAAGCCAGUGAUGGCUACUAGGCUUGCAAGCAUUGCAGGGUCUGUAGUUGUAGGCAAUGAAAUGGGUUACACAUUUUCACCAACGGUGAGUGAUCUGAAGAGGGCUAUAUAUGAGUUAUGGAUUAGUGGAAGAGAUGUUCUGAACAAGAAAGGUCAGGUUGCGAUGCAAAGAGGUUUGCAACUGUUCACUGCAACAAAGAUGGUGGCCGCUUAUGAGAGACUCUUUCUUUGCAUAUCAGGUUCAAUGCAUGAGAACCAUUUCUGUGAAUACCAACCAUGAGGUUAGUAAAUUAGUAUCAGAAUAUUGGAGAGAAAAAAACAAAAGGAGAAGCUUGUUGCUACUGACGAGUGUUUUUGUGAAGUCAAACAUAUUAAUCAUUAACUACUAAGCUACCACCGUCCUCGCACAUGCUUACAUGAUAUCUUAAUUCUUAAGGCAGUUUCAUAGUUAAGCCUAGGCGACAAGCUUUUCCUUAGGUCACAAGCAACUACAACAACGAAAGUCUACUACCUUUCGUAAUGCUGAUCCUUGCACGGUACCCUAUCUAAGCACAUUACCACAGCUUUUGAAACACCACGCUAUCAUGCAUCGAAAAUCUUAUGCAAUCUAUUCACCCUCAUUUCUGUUUUAAGAACUUCAAAUUAUAUGAG